ACCUGCUAAUACCCCAGAAUGGCAUGGUCUUCCUAGAUAUCGAGCGGGUGAUGAUAGCAAAGGCAAAGCCACAAAUGAAUACGCUAAAGUUUCGACCAUAUUGGUUUGUCAUUUAUUGGAGAUGACUUACUAUGCCGAUGUAGCAGGCAAGGUCCCUCGUACCCCUAUCCCGAUUACAGAUUCCGAGGAAAUAGAUAUUGGAAAUGGAGACUUGUCGCCAGAAUGGGGAGUAGAUUUAGUAUUUACUGGAGUUCACUUAGAUUAUGGGCCUUGGGCAGAUCGCCAAAGGAGUAUACUACAGAAUUUUUUCUUUCCACCUAUAUACCGUAACGCAAAUCAAACAAAGAAACUAAGUCCUGGACAGGAUAGGAUACAUACCACAUUUAAGAUAUUUAUUCAAUUCGAGGAUCAAGUUACGUUAAGAAUUCCUACGAAGGAGCCAUCAAAGGAUUUAAAAUAUACUAAUUCUGAGGGAAGGAUGGAUGAAUCACACCCACUUGGAAAUAAUAGACCUUAUGGAUGGCUAGAAUUCAAAGUUGAUGAGGAUUCGAUCAUUAACAUGACAUUACCUAUGGUAUACACAGAAGAAGGGUAUUCUAACUCUUUGGAUGUUACAUUAAAAAAUGUUGUAGCUCAGUCGAGUGUUAAUUUCUCUGACUUAUUAACCGCAAAGCAAUGCAGAAUAAGAUGUGAUUUACCAAAUCCCAUAAUAUGGAAUCAAGCUCGCAGAUGGGAUUUUGAUAUACAUUUUACAGACGCAAGAAUUUAUUUGUUAAGAGAUCAUAUCACAUUAUUACAGGAUUUGAUAAAGGAUUGGACAUCUGGACCUUCUCCAGAUCAAUUACAUUUUAUUCCUAUGGAAUAUUAUCUUAAACCGCGAUUCACAAAUUUCGAAUUACUUCUUUAUGUUAAUGAACACAAUAUAAUUAAUAACCCAAUAAACAUCGAGGACAAUGCGUUCAUUAUUAUAAGGGGGACACAGUUAGUUGCAGAUAUUGUGAUCCCGUUAUUACAAUAUAACCAAGAAAUUACUAAAAUUCGCUUUGAUAUUGAGAUCACUAAUGGUAGAUUUGUUAUGUCGCCUCAAGUUUCUCAAACCCUUGGUGCUUUUUUGACGGAUGAUAGUAAGGAAGCUGUAGAAGUGCCGAAUUUUGCCAUCGAAGGAAACUAUCAAUAUUAUAGCUUUGUUGAUCCUAACCAUGUGGAGUCAUUAACAUUAAUAAUGAAGGGAAAAAAAGUCAAUUUAAAGCUUUUUGGAUUUGUUAUAAGAUACUUCUUGAUCCUUCAAAUGAACUAUUUUGGUAAUUAUAUUAAUUUUAUGACAUCGGAUGAGUAUCUUACUAGGCAUGAUCCAAAAAGAGCAGUGAAUAAUAUAUUGUCACAAGAAAUUGCAAAGCCUCCUGCAAAUCCUUUUGAAGUGUAUAUGAUAUUAGUUAUUGAAGAUGGUACUUUAAUAUUGCCCGAGAAUUUAUAUAGUGCUGAUAAUUUUUCAACGGUGCAAUUUCAUGAACUACAGAUAGAAUUAAGAAAUCUUGAUGUUUAUAUGGAUAUGGAUGUUACUGUUAGUCCAUUAACGUGGACACUUGGUUCAGAUGCUAGUAAUAGAAAGAAUACAAUUAAGUCAAAAUUGUCAAGGGACGAUAAUUACAAUUGUUUGUAUAUUGAUGAUUUGAAUAUUCAUGCUCACAGAUUGUUUGGUCCAUCACCUAAAACUGCCACAUAUGUUUGCAAUUGGGAUAUAAAUAUCGGCACAAUAUCUGGACAAUUAAAACCAUCACUUUUACUAAGUGCGACUUCAUUCGCAAAGACAUUUGCUUAUCAUUAUGUUGAUAAAGAAAACGUGUUACCUGCAAUUCCCCUUGAUCCAGAUGUCACUUUUUUAUCCGUUAGUGUCAAAGAAGUCGAUGUAUCAAUAUGGGGUGGAGGUAGCGUAACACAAAUUCUGCUUAAAGAGGGGUUGAGCAUUAAAUUUGAUGAUUUAGCAAACAAGAAAUAUACACUCAAAGUGAUGUUUAAUCUACCGGAUUUAAUUAUAAGAAGUUUAGCUAAGUCAGUUACGACCUUAUCAUUAAUUAAAGAUUCUGAAAAUCAUCCUUGGGUAGAAGUUGCGAGUUUUGAAUCUGCUUUUGAUAUCACUUUAUAUCACACAACUUCUGGAUGGCGUGAAAGAAUUGAAAGUCAACAAGCAUUUAUAAAGCAAGAAGACCGAGAAACUUUAAGGAUUCCAUUCCUUUACGGAGGGAAUCAAGAUUUGCUAGGAUCUAAUGGUUAUCACUUUGGUUCUCUUUACACUCCACCAAUGCCUCCACCAUUACCAGAUGAUAUGGAUGCCAAUUCUGUAUUAUAUAACGAAAGUGUGAAUUCAUCUAUGGAUGAUCUUUCCGCAAAUAAUGGUAGAAAAAAUAUGAUGGACUUUUUUAGUAAUAGAUUCGAUUUUUAUAAUGAUAAUGACGACGAAAGUUAUAUAAGAACGGAUGCAGACAGUAUAAUUACCGAAUCUGGUGUCAGUGUGUCUAAUUCUUCAUUUGUAACUGCCCAAAGUGAUGAUUCCCAAUACAGCGAUGAAAGCGACAUUGACAAUCUUUGUAAAACCAAUGUUAAAAUCAGUGGAGAUUCUGAUAGUGAAUACGAAGAAAACGAAUCAGAUCAAUCACCUAUUGCUGAACAAAAUCCAAUGUCACCGCUAACGACACGAUCUAUUCCCUACGAAAGUUACCUGAAAAGUUAUCGGUUAACUUAUAAAAGACCUUAUGCUGCCCCCUUUUCAAGCUCAUUUCUUCGACCUUCACGCAUAUUAUUUAUUCCGGCUAGAGAUGAGGUUUUGUCUCCUGAUGAUGAAAACAGCCAAAGUUAUAAAUCUUUCCCAUUUACAAAGACAAAGAGUGCAAGCACCGAAUCAUUCAACGAACUCGAACCCGAAGAUGAAACAACGUCGUCUAUGAAUAAUGAUGUCGAAGAAAAAUUUACGAUAGUUUUUGAGACAGCAAAAUGUAUCAAAAUAUUAUUGACCCCAAUUUUCUUAAAGAUUGUUGAAGAAUUUCUUGAAGCAAUCAUAGAUAAGAAUUGGCAUUUAGAAGCUAUGCUCGAUAGAAUACAAAUUGAUUAUGUCAAAAAACUUACCAAUUUGAUUUCAUUCAAAUAUACAACUGUAAGAUUUGCUGCUUCAAUUCCUCGUGUGCAUCUUCGUUUCAUACAAGAUGUUCUUCUUCCCGACGAUUUAACAAAUGUAAAUGAUGAGCACCCUGGUAUUAGAACAAGAUAUGAUUUAACGGAUACCAUUUUAUGUGCAGCUGCAGACUUGAUUUUAGAUCAGACUCUAUUAACAGGUCUAAUAAAAUUUGAAGAUAAAAAAUUUGAUAACAAGGAUAAAAUAAGAAACUUUCGUCCAUCUUUAGAGUUGGUUGAAUCUCGGGCUAAUAUUGAUUUUGAUACAUUAAAGCUUAGCGUUCGAUUUGUCACUGGUUCGAAUUCUAUUGCUAUCUUCGGAAUUCCAGAAUGCCUGCAUCAUUUUAAAGAAUCUGGAUUUAUUCCAUCUGAUACUCUAGAUAAUGAACCUGUUGUUUUGAUUGUUGCUCUAGAACAGCUUAAACUGCAGUGGAUGGGAUGUAUGCAGCCUAAUUAUUUUUCUUUUGAUAUCGAUAGAGUUGCUGGUAUUUUUAUAAGUCAGUCUGUGGAAAUUUUAUUAGGUGGUAUUUAUUGGUGGUUGGUUUUUGCAGAAGAUCUAGUAAAUUUAUUAAAGAAAUUUCAGAUGCAUCGAACACGACAGUUACAAGUUUUAGUUUAUGAAAUUGCUAAAUUCUCAGAAAAAACUACAAUUGAAAAUGAUCCACCAUACUUAACGCGACCGUCUCAUGUUUUAAGAUUAGGAAUUACUAGGAAUUUUAAAAAUGAUGAUGGUUGGAAAAUUCUUGGUCGUGUUAGACAUUGUAAGACGCUAAUGCAAACUGAACGAAUUGAUGAAUUACACGCCACAUUAAAGAAUAAUGCUCACCUAUUAUCAGUGAGUCCAGGUGAAAUGUAUGAACAAGUUUUGUGCGUUUUUUCGAAAUGGAGACAUUGGGAAAUGGAAGAAGAUUUAUCUAACUGUCAUUUAUUUACGGAUCUUUUUAAACAAUACGAUAAUUCAAAUAAAUCACCUGUCGAUGAUAUUAAUGAUAUUUAUCGAUUCUUGACAACAUCAACGAAUUUUGCUAAAGUACGGAUUGGAAUUAUAGCUUUAUCUGUCUGGGAUGGACAAAAAGAGAAUUCAGUGGCUAUUUCUCCCAUUGAAUUGGAUUUUGAAACAAUAUUUCAUAAAGAUAGUUUGCCACCAUCUGAAGUUAUUCUUACUGGAAAUUUGGAUGUAAUAUUACGAAUUGGAAUAGACAAAAUAGGCCUCGAUGUAAAUCCGGACAUGCUCGCUUUUGCAAAACAUUGGCUCAAGGUACACAGAGUAUUCAGUUCGAAGUUUCGAUCUUUGUCAGGCAAAGAACCCGUCGUUCAAUCUGAAGAGAUCGUUCCUUCUACAAAAGUACAUAAACAUAAACAAACACCUACAAUCACAAGUUUACAUGAUAUAAAAUCAAAAACAAAAGACAAGAAACGUAAAGAUGCUAUCACGGAUUCAAUUUCAUCUGAUCCGAUAAAAGAUUUGUCAUCUCGUCUUAAUAUUAAUGCACGUGGAAUAAUUAUUCUCAAAAGUAUCACUAUUAAGGCAUCAGCUCAAAAUCUUAUAGCACAAACUCAGUUAACGAAUCUUAAAAUCUCUAGUUGGUUUGACAAUCCUCAAAUUUUAAAUUCUGCCGAUAAGCCGGAUUUAGAAAAUGUGUCAGUUAGUAAAAACCCAGGGUCGAGGAGCAGUGGUAGUAAAAGAUCAGAUAGUUUGAUUUUUUCAACUAUUUUAGGUAUUGAAGAUAUACAAGCAAGUAUCAGCAAUUCAUCCGGAAACAAUACUUUGUUAUCAAUAGGAUUGUCUAGAAUAAGUUCGAAUAUGUCACUUAGUUUACUAUCUACCGGACGACCAAAGAGUAAAAUCGAAAUUGAACCACAAUGGAGGGCUGAAAACCUAGCAAGUUAUGACUUUUUAUAUAAAAAGUUAUUAGAUGAAUUGGAAGAACAACGAAAGUUAACACCAAAAUCUACUACUCAUUCUGACCCUCGCGAAAUCCGUACAUCAUCAGAAAAGAAUGUACGGAAUUCUUUGGAAAUUAAAUUUCAAUUCUUGAUGAAAAAAUUAUCAAUAAAAACUCAUAUGCUGCCAUCUUUAGAAUUUCAAUAUGAUGCAUGGAACUUAUUUAUAAUGUUAGAAAAAAGUAUUACACUUCUUGGUGAUAGUUUGAUUAAUUAUUCUGGACAGUUAUCAAAACAAGUUAUUCAUUUUGUUACGCGACAAAAACACAAAAAUAAAAUCGAAAAAUUCAUUGACGAUGAAACUGAUGAUAGCCAUCAUCAAAAAGGAGCCUUUACUAUCCCAGCAAUAAGGGCGACAGGUAACAUCAAAUCAUGUGAGCCUCGAAAAUCCGGCGUGCCUAACAAGAAAAUGGCAAUUUCUUCUACUAGUUCAGUUGCACCUUAUAAGUAUUCAAAACUUGAAUCUUCAGUAACAUUAGACUUUGUUAAAUUAAGUUUGAAUGUAAAUAUUAUAGACAAUUUAUUGACAGCGCAUUCAACUAUCGGAAGUGAAUUGAAUGAUAUAUUAGACGUAUUUUUAUUUUCAUCUAAGAAACUUAAGGAACGUGGUGAUACUUCAAAAGAAAAAACAUCUAUUUCUUCUAAAGAUAAUGCUAUGCUAUUUUAUAAUCUUAAAAUAUCUUUAAGAGGUCUUAGAAUUUCAGCAAUGAGCCCAAAUGCUGUUGGAUUUUUUGAGACAAAUAUUCUUAAUGGUCUUAUUACGAAUGUUCCUACAGAUUUUGAAAAGUCGCCAAAGGUUCAGUGGAAAUUUUCAGCACAGAACUUUUCUUUAUCAUUAAACCAUAAAACAGGAAUUAUGAGCCAAGUAGACGCUGAUGAUGAUAUACGUAAAUAUCGAAUUGCUUAUAUCAUGAUUGAUUUAGCACUACAAAAUUUCAAAAAUCAACAAGAAUGUAAUAAUAAAUCUAGCGAAGGCGAUGAAUCUAUUGAAUCAUACUUCCUCAAAUUAUUAAAAGUUCAUGCUGUAAUGCAACCAAUUGCACUUGGUCGUUUAAUGGAUUUGUACGUUUACUAUAGUGGUGAAUUAGAGCGUAGAAAAAAGAUGAAGGCCUCCGAAAUUGAUAAAUUAACCAUUAAAGCGCAAAGAAUUUUAAAUUCACUUGAUGUUGAGAUGCCUAAAUAUAAGUCAAAGAGCAAAUCAUUUUUGGAUGAGAAGGUUUUGUCACUUGAAAUAACAAGAUUUGCUAUUGCACUUCCUCUUGAUUUACACGAAGAUUUAAUAUCUACAACCACAAGCGAAAAUUCAUCACCUGUUCCUCAAAUUCCCGCAUUUCUUUUUUCAAUUUCAUCGAUGAAUUUUCUCACAAGAAAAUUGAAAUUUAAUUGUGCGAUUCUCAAGGAUUUGAGCCUUCAAUUUGUUACUCAAUUCGAUCAGGGAAAUGAGAAUCACUUUUCAUCUUAUUUUCAUCCUAAUAUGAAUAGAAUAUUUGUUCCUGAAAUUUCUUGUGAAGGGCAUACUAUUGGCACAAUAGAUAAGAAAAAGAUUUAUGUUGAAUCAAGAGUAGAAGGUUUUAAAGUAGAUGUUGGAGGAAACAUCGUUAAUCAUAUAAAUAGUCUUAGUGAAAUAUAUGCUGCAAGUCGAGAAAGAUUAGAAACUUUCACCGCCGAGACUAAUUUCAAUCUUGGGUCUCAAAAUCAAUCGACAAAAUCUUCAAAUAAUGAAGAAUUAGAUGAUGAUUCGAGCUCUUCUAAUGUUGUUGAAUUAGAAAUAGAGGCUAUAUUUACAGCUAAAAGUGGUACGAUAAAAUUAUAUCCAAAGAAUUAUUUUACAAAGCAUCAUAAAAGAUCAACCGAAAACAAAGUUAAUGAUCGUUCAAGAUCAACACGUGGUUCUCGUGGAAGCAUUGCAUCUAUUUCUCUUCCCCGUCUUAAUUUAGAAGGAAUCCCCAAUUAUACUCCUACGAAUUUGGAUGAUUUAACAAGACAAGGAGAACAUGGUAUAGACAAUAUAGUGAUACCAGGUCUUAGUUUAAAUACUUUUUACCGUACAACAAUUGGACAGAGAGCUGUUCCUUCCUCGGGUAUAUCGACAAAGAGAGUUCACGUUGAACUUAUAAUUCAUCCAAGUGAAAAUAUAUUUUACCCGUCAUUGGUGCCAUUUAUCAAAGAUAUUAUUGACGGUCUAAAGAUUGGAGUUCAACGAUCUAGUGAUAAAAAAGCAAUCGCAGUUCAAGAAAGUUCAUCCCCAAUUCAAGGAGUUAAUUUUACGUGUUAUUUCAGACUUUCACGUACUACGUUUGACCUUAGUUGUCAACCCGCUUCUAAAGUUGCUUGUUCUCUAAAAUGGGAAGAAGGAAAUUUUCUUAUUUCAUUUAAUACUGCUGAUGAAGCAUCUCAAAGUAUAACAUGCGUUGGAAAGAUUAGAGGUGCUUCUGGAAAUAUUCGUCAUGCAUUUUCUCCUGAAGAUUGUGUUAGAGCUGAAACAAAAAAUAUUUCAUUCAAUGCAACUUUAAUGAGCAGGAGGACGGAAAGUGUUUCUGAUGAUUCUAUUUCCAUUAUCGUUGAAUUGCCACAAAUUACAGCAGAUUUAAAUAUUCGUCAUCUUCAAGAUUUGUUACUUUUAAAGAUAAUUUGGAUAGAUCAAGCUACGAAAUUAUAUGAAGUUAGUGGUCUGAGUUCUCAACAAUCUUCUCGACCUGUAAGCGGUGAAUAUAUUAAUUCUGAUAAAGCAUCCUUAUCUCCAGCUUCACUGUCACGUUCUGCAACUCCAUUAUCAGAAAAUGAAACAAAGGUCAAACCUUAUUCUGUAUAUAUAAUGGUUAGGUUGAAUCAAUUAGAUUUAUCCUGCGAUUUGGGUCAGGCUAUUGGAAAAGUUCAAUUUACCACCAAAAACAUUCAAGUUCGUACAAAAAAUGUUCCAGGAGUGUUAAAAAGAGCUACUGCAUCUACAGAUUAUCUUGAUAUUAAAUGCGAAGGUCGUCUUUCCGGUUCCGCUAACAUGGAAGGACUUGCAUUUACAACAAUUUUAGGAAUUCCUCCUAAAUCAGAGACCGAUGGAACGAUUUGUGUGACAAAUUUAUUGUUCAAAACCGAGAAAAUUCAAUCUUUUCUGGAAUACGAAUAUCAAAAAAUUUUGAUAUUGGAAGUUGAUCCAAUUCAGUUUAAACUAAUGGACUAUUGGACAAUCAUUUCACCAGAAAAAGCAUCUGUUUUAGUACAUGCAAAUGUUUCUGUUAAACGUAUUCAAGCAAUUGUUGCUAUAAAAACAAUACCAAGUUUCCUUCAUAUGACUAACAAACUUUUAGCCUUGAUAGAAGAAAAAAGAAUUUCUGCAUCUAAUGUAAUUUCAGAUUCCAAAAGAUCGCAUUAUUUGGAUCCGAAUUCUCAAUCACAAACAUAUUCAGCAUCGGAUAAUAGACUUUCGCCACAAGCAACGAAUGAUUCUCAUUCUUAUAAAGAGUUAUUAAUUGGUGGAUUGUUAGUUCAUCCAGUAGGAAAGAUUACUAUAGCAAUGGAGAGAGCAUGUUUAACUAUUUUUCCAAAUCACUUUCAUGAUACUGAUUGCGUUCAGACAAAAUUUGAUGGACUUCUUGUGGAUAUGAAAAGAUCAAUUGGAGAUGAUGAACGUGUUAAUAGAGAGCUCGAUAUGCAGCUUAAUAGUAUUGCACUAUUAAAAAGCAGCUGUAAGAAACUAAAUCAUAAAAAUGAUUCACUUACUUUUCAGGAUUGGUUUGAUCGUGUUGAAAACUCCUCUUCAAAGAACAUUUUCACUCUUCCAAGUACACAUUUAAUAAUGGACACUUCACAGGGCAUUGGAAGUAAUAUUGUGGAUCAUAAAUUUACUGUUGACUUUAGGGGUAAAGUCGAUGUAGCAUUAAAUUUUGGGUUAAUAAGGUAUCUUCAAGAAUUAGGAGUACUGUACAAAGAACAAUUAAGAAAGAAUACAGUCAGUGCAUCUGGAGAUUUUCCAAAAUCACCAAUUGUUUCUCCUUCAACUCCAGGUUCACCACCUGUUGAUUACUUCAAACCUAAUCCUUCGAUACAAGUUCAGCAACCUAAUUCACCAGCAAUACCUAUUUCACCAACAACAGAAACAAAAGUAGUCCAGUCAAAUGAGAAUGAGGACUCAAAAGAAACAAAAAACAAAGAUACUAUAAUUUUUAAUCCAGUUAAACAAGUAAAAUUGGAACCACAGUUAAGAAUUUUAGGGGAUGCUACGCCACCAUUAGAAUGGGUCGGUGUUCAAAGAGCCAAAGUUCCAGGGUUCGUUCAUACAGCAAUUACAAUGAAUUUGGAUGAAAUCAUAAACAAAAUUACUAAUGAAUCAUUCAAGGCAGCUCAAGCAUUAUUAUAACUAUUAGUUUGGCAUUACGCAAUUUUGAUUUAAUCCUUUAGUUUUUUAUUUAGAUUACUUUUUUUUAAUAAUAAUAAUAAUGAUAAUGAUAAUUUUAUUUUGAAUAUUUGACAAACUUAUUUGACUUUAAUAAUUAAUAUAAAAAAAAAUCAAUCAUUCUCAUCGUUUAGAGCAUUAAUUUCAAGUGAAUUAAUAUAUAUAUAAUACGUGAACUAUGUUACUUUACAUUGAAGGUAUAAUGAAAAUUUAAAAAAUCUUUCGUAACAUGUCUUGGUCAGUUCAAUUUAUUUAACGCAGAAUAAUCCAUAUUGCUACAAAAUUAUCUCUCAAAAAAUCAAUCAUUCAACUUGUAAUUUCAAUUUUAAUCUUUCACUUGCUCAUCAUUUCAAAUCGAUAUUCCAAGACGAGAAAAAAUUAGCACUUUAAAAAGGAAUAUUUUUAAGUUUGAACUUAUAAGAUGUGGCAUCACUUAUUUACAGUAUUUCAUCCUAUUAAAAUUU